AUGACAAAAAAUUACAAACCAGCCAGUACUAUUGAACACCGUGUUAUUGAAAAAGACCUGUAUAAAUUGUUUUCAGGCACAGACUUCCUUGUAUUACAAGUCCUUGACCCUCCAAGUGAUGCAUCUGAGGAUGAAGCAGAAGCUGAAAUCCCUUCCCUUUCUGAUGCUGUAUCAUCUUGCUCAUUGUCUGAAGGGAAAUCUUUGGGAAGUUAUUUGCAAACUGUCUAUUCAGGUGAAAUCAUUUCUAAAAUUGAGGAAAUAACAAGGGGGCAAUCGGAUAAUAAUACAUGGCUGAAGGAAUCAUCUUCAUGGCAUACCCAAAUACAAGGUAAGAUGGGGAUUUGUAAAAAGCAAUGGUGUGAUUUUGUAUUUUACACCAAAAAAGGAAUUGCAGUUGAUAGAAUCAUCUUUGACAAAAAUCAAUACAAAGACAUUAUUGUAAAAUGUGAGCAAUUUUUCCAUAAAUAUGUUGUACAAGCUAUACAAUCUGACUGA